CACUUUAUUGCAUAUUGCAGCCACAAUAGAACAACGGUACCUCACACCCUUAUUGCUUAUUAUUCCAGGUGUAACUAUUAUAUUAAGCCACCUAAUAUACUUUAGAAAUGUAUCGAAAUCAGUAUGAUCAUGAUGUAUCAAUUUGGAGCCCACAGGGUCGAAUAUUUCAAAUUGAAUACGCAAUGGAAGCAGUUAAACAAGGUAGUGCAACUGUUGGACUAAAAUCAAAAGAUUAUGCUGUUUUGGUGGCGUUGAAGAGGUCUUCUUCAGAAUUAUCAUCUUAUCAAAAGAAAAUUAUAUCCGUCGAUGACCAUGUGGCAGUCAGCAUUGCAGGUCUGACAUCAGAUGGAAGAUUGCUAAGCAAUUUUAUGCGUGAUGAAUGUUUAAAUUCAAGAUAUGUCUUUGAAAGUGCAUUACCAGUUUCCAGACUUGUGUCAGCUACUGCAGAAAAAAUGCAAAAACCAACUAAAGUUUAUGGACGAAGACCAUUUGGUGUUGGAAUAUUAGUUGCUGGUUAUGAUAGUCAAGGAGCACAUAUAUAUCAACUCUGUCCUUCAGCAAAUUAUUUCAACUGUAAAGCCAUGUCGAUUGGAGCUCGGUCACAGAGUGCUAGAACAUGCUUAGAAAGAAAUUUUGAUAAAUUUGAAAACUCUUCUUAUGAAGAAAUUAUUGCGCAUGGAUUGCGAUCUCUUAGAGAAUGUUUACCUAAUGAGCAAGAACUGAAUGUUAAGAAUUGUACAAUUGCUGUAGUAGGAAAAGAUAAAAAGUUAACUCUGCUUGACAAUGAUGAUGUUGCUCCUUUCUUAGCUCUUAUUGACCAAUCAAAAGAUAGGAAGAAAGGAGGAGAGGGUGCUUCUGAAGAAGGAAUGGAACAAGAGACGCCAGAUACACAGCAGUCCACAACACCCAGUGGAGAAGAACAACAAAUGGAGACAUAGAUGGACUAUCGUCGCAAUCAUUUAUGUACGAUGAAUAGACGUAAAAGAAAAUCAAAUGAAGAUUUUUUCUGUAUUUACAUUUUCAUAGAAAAGAUACUUGUUUAACUUA